AUGUGUAUCGAGAAUGCAUUGAUGGAUGUUGUGUAUUCAUCACAUCAGAUUCCUUUUGAGGUUGUCCAUGUGGAUGCGCGGUGUCAGGGCUACGCCGAUCUCUGUCAUUAUAGUUAUCAAUUCUUGAUGCAAAACUGUGGGGCGUACACUGCCCGGAGGUUUUUGAUGCCAUGGCCAGUUUCUCACCGGGAUGACUCACAAAACCAGGCAGACGAGCACAAGAAAACCGUGUACGUCAGAAUCCUCGUGGCUGGUUGGAACGUGACCAUCAUCCAGGGUGACGAUAAUGCAGGACAUCCGUUCUCCGCUCAAUUUUCUAGCCCAUAUGGUGAAUACCAUGAUACUACCAAGGAAGAACUUCAGGAUGCAUUGUCGGUCAUAUACGAUCAGCUCAAAUGUUCGAAAUCAUGGUGGAUUCUUGAGAUCAUUCCAAUGGCAUUCCGACAGCAGAAGGAGAAUGAGGAGUGGGUGUCCUGGUUUGGGGCGAAAUUCGGACCUCGAAAGAUUCCGAUGCGAUCCAGAGUCAAGGUCCAUCGCAUUGUUCGCCAGUCGCUCAUUCCGUUUCAACACAAUCAUAAUGAGACAACUAAUGCGUUGCUUGGCUCGGUCAUGGUAGUUAUCCGGAUGGUGGAUAAAUUGGUCCUAGUAGGGAGGGCGGCGAAGUGA